AUGAGAGGGAGGCGUCCGCUGUCGCUCUUCGCUCGCACCUCUCGCUUUCGGGGACUGUCCUCCUCAGCCUCUGCAGCGCAGGGAGAGUCGCAUCCCGAGGCGGCCACCGCGUCCUCCGCCUCAGACUCCGUUCCUCUCCCCCGCACCGCCUCCUGCUUCUCGCCGUUCUCUGGACCGCGGAGCUCCGGUCUGAGCAGCCUCUUCCUCAGCCCCGAGGACAUACAGCGAUUCCUCGACGACAGCACACCGAACUUGGUUUUCGUGGGCUUGCCUGGGAGCGGAAUCUCGUCCAUCGCUCGCGUUGUGUUUCAACGUGUUCCUCCCCAUGAGACAGGCGGCGACGAUGGCAGCGACCUCAAGGCCGAAGUGACGGUGGCGCGCUGCGGAUCGCUCCUUGAAUUUUCCGUCACGGUUCUGCCUGGUCGAUUCGUUUUCGACUCUCUCCACCUCGCGUCUGCUGCGCUGCCCUCGUCCUCGGGCGUCUGUCGCAUGCCCUCGUCCAACUCCGUCUCCCCGCAGAGUCUGAGUGACGUUGUUUCUCCGAAGACCUCCUCCAUGCCCUUCCCCGCGUCUUCUCUCUCCCUCUUGGGCUCCGCAGACUUGGCCAGCGAGGAAGAUUCUUGGGAGGAAGUCCUGCGACGCACAGACUGCCUCGUCUUCGUCCUGGACGUCCAGAGCGAAACUGCUCUCUCCGAAGAUCUCCCUCAAGCCUCUGCCUUUCUCAAGCAAGCUUGGCGGAUCAAGCCGCAACUGUUUGUCGAGAUUUUUCUGCACAAAUCAAGGGGAGGCGAGGACGCACGAGCGGACGGUGUGGCGCGACAGCUGGAGGAAUCUUUGCGCAUGCAAUUGAACGAAAGUCUUGCGGAGACGAAGCAGGGACUGCCCCAGGGAGAGGCGGAGGCGGCACGGCUGUGCUUCCGCGCUUGUCAAAAAAAGACUGCAGGUUGCGGAGACUCUGGGCCUUCUGGGGAGGCCUCUCGAGUUUCUCUCGCGUCUUCGCUCUUCUGCUUCGCGUCCACCUGCAUCUUCGACGCGUCUGUUUUCCAGGCGAGCAGCCGCGCUGUCCAGCGUCUCUUCCACCACAGCGAGAUCUGUCAGGAGAUGCUGGCGCGGCUGGUGCAGUCAUGUCGAUUCGAGAAGGCGAUUCUCUUCGACGCAGACUCGCGACUGUGCCUCGCAAGCGACGCCGCAGCCUUCGACGCGUCCACCUUCGAACUCGUCGCCGAAAUCGUGGAGAUGGGGAGAGAGCUGAAGUCGAUCUACGCAGCAGAGCCGCCGGGCAGAGCCGUCGACCGACCGCGCCGACGCAGGCGCGCAGAAGAACGAAGAGCAGAACCAAGCAGAGAAGGAUCCCGCGAAGAACAUGAAGAGCGAGAAGGGCAGGGGGCCGCGAAGAGAGAAGAAGGAGAGAGCGAGAGAGGAGCAGCAGACGGAGAACAAGAGGAUCGCAGAAAGAGAGAAGAGCGCGAAGACGCACAACAGGACCAAGAAGAGGGAGAGCAAGAAGAAGGAGAGCGAGAACAAGGAAAGCAAGAAGAAGGAAAGCAAGAACAAGCUGGCAGAACAGAGAGAGCGGCAACGAGAGAAGCGAUGAAGAGUGGAGCAACUGUCGAAGGCGAAGAACAGUUGACAGAUGGAGACUCGAGCCGUGUGAAGUCUCUUUUUUGUUCUAAAACGUCGUCUGAAGCUGCAGACGUUGUUUUGGCUGGCAGGAACGGAGUCGAGGAGACAGCUUCGACGACGCCUUUCGCGUCGGGCGCCGUCCGAUUGAGGUCGGAGGAGACGUACCUUGUGCACUUGACGUCCGGCUUGCUUCUCCUCGUCUUCGCGGUCGACGAAGAACUGCGAGUUGCAUGCGUUGUCCGCGAAAAUCAGUUCGACAGACCUCACCUCGUAGACUGGAACUUGCGAGUUCUGCGUCAUGCCUUCCUCCAGAUCAGCGCGCUCGAGCGCGAGGCCCACAGCCUCUCGGUUUCGAUGGCGAGGCGCAGACGCGCAUGCAGCGAAUCAUGCGAGAACGCGAAGCUGUAG